AUGGCCGAUUACAAUGUGCAGAAUGAGUCCGCCCGGAUUCUCGUCGAAAACAUUAUCGCUGAUGAUCGACUUGGCUGGACACCUGAGGUGAAAGCAGCCGCCCGAAACGUCAAGUUUAUUGGCGACAGCAAACCUUUCAUUCCUACCCCCUUGAAGAUAACCGAAUCUGCUUCAUCGCUCUCCGGGCUGUUGGGCGCAUUAGCUGCGGCCGUGGCCGAAGAACGCUAUGGAGUAAAACAGGAGGUUACUGUCAACACUGACAAGGCAACCCUCUUUUUGAUGGGCAUCCUAUUACCUACAAUUGAGGGAGAGUCCUUUGUAAAAUCCAAGGCAAUUGGUGAUGCCCUGGCAGAGUCCGACCAUUUUAAGAUGACUAAGCCUAUCCAUCAGCAACUCACCAACAUCUAUCAGUGUAAAGACAAGCGAUGGUUUCAUUUGCAUGGAUCCAUGAAUGCAACACACUCUAUGCGAAUGGUUGGCGUGCCCGAACAGGAUGUCACCCACAAGGAGGCUCAAGCCAUAUAUGCCGAAAAGGUAGCUCAGUGGAAUGCCGAGGACAUUGAUAGAACUGCCAACGACGAGUUCAAACAAGCCGGCUGUAUCUGCAACACCGUCGAAGAGUUCUGGGCUCAUCCACACACAAAAAUCUUGGAAAAAGAGCCAAUGUUCUCAUUGACGCCACAUAGCGCCCCCAAAAAGCAGUGGCCAUCUGUAGCUGAUACAGAUUAUAGACCACUUGCUGGCAUACGAGUUGUAGACCACACGCGGGCCGUUGCUGGCCCAACUGUCUCGAAGCUGCUCGCAGUCCUUGGCGCCGAUGUUAUCAAAGUCUCCUACAAGGGUAUACCUGACACAAGUGUAUGCCUGCUUGACAUCAAUACUGGCAAGAGGGAUGUAGACAUCAAUCUCAAGACGGAAGAGGGCAAGGCAGUCUUGAACAAGAUUCUUGCAGGUGCGGACGUCUUCAUCGAUGGCUACAGGCCUCAAUCGAUCGCAAAGUUGGGCUUCGAUGCAGCGACACUUCGCAAGAUCAAUCCAUCGCUCAUCUACGUGCGUGAGAAUUGCUAUGGAUGGGUAGGCCCCUUGUCGUACCGUACUGGGUGGCAACAGAUUGCAGACUGCUUUGCUGGUCUUUCCUGGAUGCAGGGAGAGUUCCUAGGCUUGAAUGAGCCUGUUGUGCCUCUACUCCCCAACUCGGACUACCAAACUGGAAUCAUCGGAGCCGCGGCCAUUGUUCAAGCAUUGCAGAAGCGCGCGCACAACGAUAUCACCUUCGACAUUGACAUCAGUAUCGUCCAGUACAACAUCUGGUAUUACCGCCUUGGGCAAUACACGCCAGAUCAAGGCAAGGCCAUCCUGGCGCGUAACCCAAGUUUCGAGGCCCGCCACUAUGAUGAGAUGGGAUCCAUGUUUGCAAAGAUGGUAGCAGCGGUGACCGAGAGCCGUCCUGGUCUGCUGCAGACCCCAGAAUUCUACACCAAGAUGUCAGGUAAGAACUGGAAUGAGGAUAGAGAGAUUUCUAUUCUUGGUGCGCCGUUUGAGCUCUCCAAGUCCAAGGUGGAUUACUUGACGCCGUCGGGUCCACGUGGUUGGUCUAACAAUAACAUUGAAUGGAAUUAG